AUGGCCGAUAUGACCCAGGCUCCUCUCAACGGCAGCUACCCUGCGCAGCACGCCUACCCCGACUCGUUCAACAACACCCACGCUACUAUGAACACUGCGGCCAACUUCCAGCCGGCCCAGUCCUCCACCCCUACCACCAACACCCCAACCGAACACAAGAGCGACAUCCCCAAGGAUGAGGUCGGCUGGUUCUUCGUCGAGCAGUACUACACCACUAUGAGCCGCAACCCGGACAAGCUGCACUUGUUCUACUCUCGCCGAUCCCAGUUGGUCUUCGGUACCGAGGCUGAGUCUGUCCCCGUUGCCAUUGGUACUAAGGCUAUCAACGACAAAAUUAAGCAGCUCGACUUCCAGGAGUGCAAGGUCCGCGUCCUGAACGUUGACUCCCAGGCUUCCUUUGACAACAUCCUGGUCACCGUCAUCGGUGAGAUCUCCAACAAGUCUGAGCCCUCUCGCAAGUUCAUCCAGACUUUCGUCCUGGCUCAGCAGCCCAACGGCUACUACGUUCUUAAUGAUAUCUUCCGCUAUCUCGUCGAGGAGGAAGAUGAGAUUGUGGAGGAUGCCGAGACCACUCCUGUUGCUGAGGCUCCCAAGGUUACUGAGCCCGCCCCUGUCGUUGAGGAGGCUCAGGUGACCGAUGACGCCCUGGCCAACAAGGUUGAUGAGAAGCUUGAGGAGGAGACCAAUGGCGAGGCCGAAAAGCCCGUCGAGGUUGUCCCCGAGACCAACGGUACCGCCCCCGAGGAGGUUUCUGUUCCUGCCGUUGAGGAGGCAGUGGAGGAGGAGCCAUUGACUCCUGAGCCCACUCCCGCUCCUGUGGCUGAGAAGGAGGCUCCUGUCGAGAAGAAGGAGCCCGUUGCUGCCACCCCCGCUGUUCCCAAGUCGUGGGCCUCCAUUGCCUCCAAGGUUAGCGCCGCUGCCGCCGCCGCUGCCGCCGCCGCCCCCACCACUGCUGCUGCUCCGGCUGCUGCUACUCCGGCUGCUGCCGCUCCUAAGGCUGCUACCCCUGCGGAGGCUGCCCCCACUGAUGGCUCUGGCUGGCAAACUGCCGGCUCUGACCACAAGAAGACCCAGUCCCGUGCUGGCGAGCAGCAAACCACUCUUGGUUACAUUAAGAAUGUCACCGAUAAGGUCGACGCCAAUGCUCUUAAGCAGACCCUGUCUCGCUUUGGAAAGCUGAACUACUUCGACGUCAGCCGCCAGAAGAACUGCGCUUUCGUUGAAUUCGCCGAGCCCUCCGGCUACGCCGCUGCCGUUGCCGCAAACCCCCACCAGGUCGGCAGCGAGCAGAUCCUCCUCGAGGAGCGCCGUCCUCGCGGCAAUGCCUAUGGCAGCAACGGUGCCAACCGUGGUUCUGCCGGUCGUGGCCGUGGUGACCGUACCGGCAACCAGGGCCGUGGAGGUUUCCAGCGCGAGGGCCGUGGGGGCUUUGCCCCCCGUGGUCGUGGAGGAGCCAACGGCAAUGUCGCCGCCAAGGGCCGUAGCCAGGCUCAGACUGCUUAA